AUGACCGAUUAUGAAAAUGAAUUGAACGAAAAUUUGGUAUCCAUAAAUAGCGCUGAAAGCAGAGUGGCGGAACCUUGUAUUGACGAGACAAAAAACGCAAUCCAUAAACUAAAGAGCAACAAAGCUAGUGGCGAGGAUUCAAAAACAAAAGAGUUGAUCAAGUACGGCGGUGAUGAAUUUUGUGAUUUAUACAUAAAAAAAAACAAAAGAUCCUUAAUGUGGAAGUAUGUGGGGCAAAAGAAAGGUGACCCCAUGGAAGAUAUAUAUUUUUGCUUGCUGUGCGUAAGAGAAAACAAGAAAAAAUGCUGGAGAAAAAGUGGUAACAGGAACUGUUGCCUCAAAAAACAUUUGCUAACAGCACAUAAUAUUAAUUUAAAUGUUGUUGAUGCCUCCACAUUUAACGACACAAUCGAAGAAGAUUUGGGCGAAUUUGCCAAUGUGCUUCUUAAUUCUCCAACUCUUUCACCCCAUUACCCAAAUACUCCUGAAAUGCCACGAAAAAUAAACUUAAGUAAGACUCCCUCACCAAAAGUGGCACAGAUUGUUCCAGUGCCACAAACGCCAGAACAACUCCCACAACAAUAUGAAAAGAGGCAAGUCCACUCCUUAGCGCCAAUAUCGAUUGAAAGCUCACGAAGUAAAGAGGAUAAAAUAUUAAGAAUCAAAAAAUUCGGAGAGUACAUGGUCGAGACAAUGAUUGCGAAAGAUAUACCUGAGGCAAAACAAAUAAAAUUAAUAUGUUCAAUUUUGAAACAAAUUGCAGAAAUUGAAUAAUAAUAAAUUAGGGACUACAUGUGUAAAGAAUAUUUUAAAUUUAAAAAAAAAUUAUUUUCUUAAAUAAAUUAUUUAUAAAAUUUUUUAGAUUUCUUAAAAAUAUAAAAAAUAAUUAAAAAAAAAAUUUUUA